AUGAUCUGUGCUGAUCGGAACAUUCGUCGGAUAUUUCUGAUUCUUGCGGCAUACAUCGCGGAUCACCCUGAGCAAUGUCUCAUUGCAUGCUGUAAAGAAAACCACUGCCCCCAUUGUGUUGUAAGACCAAAUCAACGAGGAGACCACCAUCACUCACCUCUCCGAAAUGUUGAUGAGACUCGCACAACUCUCAGACACCAUCAAAACGGAGAAGACCCUCACCUCUUUGAAGAUCAAGGCCUUCAUGCAAUCCAUUAUCCUUUCUGGGCGUAUCUCCCACACACUGAUAUCUUUUCAUGCAUCACUCCCGAUGAGCCCCUUCAGUGA